GUGUUGUUGCACUUAUAAAAUAGACUGGCCCGGAUUAUAGGUUGGUCAGGACUACGGACAUGUAUUGAAAUACCAUUGAAAUAUUUCUAUAAAAUGUUUCUCAUCCGCUUCUUCCCCUUCCGUUUGGAUCCGUCUAUGUUUAUAUUUUAUGGACUGUUUGUUAAUUUUAUGGACUGUACGUUAUUUUUGUAUACAGUUGAGUGAUAAAAUCAUAAAAUCAAUCUGAAUAUGACUACCCCAUUGAAAAUAAACUCGUGUAAAAGCUAGGUAUGUUCAAAGGUCAGUGACGAACUUCUUCCUGAAUAAACAGUUAUCAGCUGAGUGUAUUAAUUUCAUAUCGGAACCAUAAAAGCAGUAGGCUGUAAUACCAGACAAAUCUAACAAGGUCUUCAUAUGUUGUCAAAUCAGAUAAAUGCCGGGAAAAUGAAUACAGAUCAUGGGAAUAAGAAAAAUGUAUGUCAGUAGUAAGAUUAAAACAAACGAAUACUGUGGAAGAAAUGAAAUUAGACACUGAAGAAACUCCCCAUCCUCCUCAGUUGUUGCCGCCUGGUACAACUGAUGGUUCCGAGACUGACCUGGAUUGGAACAGUCUAUUCGCACAUUUUGUGACAAUCUUACCAUCGAGAAACUACAAACUUUUCUUCAUUAACCUCUUUUCUUGCACACAACAUUGUCAAAUAGAUGGAAGAAGCUCUGAAGAUAUAAUCGACGCAAUUGAAAUCCAACAUAAGUAUGACGCAACAGAAUCGAAACUGUACGAAUUACUAAGAGCAUGGAGAGAUUCAGCAGGUGCAGAAGCAAAAGUGGCGCACAUAGAGAAUACACUUCAUCUAAUGGGACAAAAGUUGUGUUUGGAAAAAUUACAGACAUAUAUGAGAGAUCCUCCAAAGUUACGAAAGCCAUGCUAUUCAAGUACGUUUGCAUAUCCGCAUCGGAUCAUACCAUUUACAAGUACAGUAGCUUUACCUCACAGUUCGUCCACAGUAUGUGAUCCGCACGUAGGUUUACGUUUUAUGCCACGUUCCAGCUUGUUUGAGUUACAUGACCAUAGAAUGCAGCCAUGCCACAACACUCAGUCUUAUCCAUAUCAAAAUCAAAACUCAAUCACUGGUGAUAUUCGGCAGUUACAUACAUUAGAAAAUAUGCCUUUGAACAGCUGUCUGACAAAACCAGCAAUUAUGCCCGCUGUUUCAACUAUUCUAUCUUAUGAGUCGGAAAAGAGAACCCAGGACCGCAGAACAGAUUCUUCCUCCUCUUCAGACGAAUCUACAAUGCUUCAUAGAGUAUCGCCAAAAAAACGUUUUAAACCGACGAAAAUGUAUCCAGAGCAUUGUAGAAGGCUUGUUCCGUGGACUAAAUUAAACACGGAUGGUAUUAUAGAUUUGCUAAAGACAUGCUUUCCUUUAAAGUGGUAUACGCCGACAAUGGAACAUUAUUAUCUUUUCCUAUGCCAUACUGUUUCGUGUACAAUGGAUGCUGCACAGAAGUCGGAAAAACAAGUGCUUUCACUAGAAUAUAAUGACUACAGAGAGGCACAUGUGCACAAAACAAAACGUGGAAAUAUGACCAUAGUAGUCGACACCAUACAUGGGUGCAUCAAUCUUAACCAGGAACAGUGGGAUUGCCUUAAACUUUACACGGAUCAUGCACGAGAAAAGAUCUACAAAAGUUCGUUAAUAGAAAGAAGCAAAUACGUCUUUAUCAAGUUUGACGGCCAGCCAGUUAUUCAAGAGAUCGAAGAAAAGAGUGCUUCGCUUACAUCCGGAGAAGGUAUUGCAGAAAAACCAAUACAUUCUAACAACCCGGAUAUUGACACAGAAUCAGCAGAAGCGUUUCAGGUUACACCAGAAAGAUGUGCAAUGGACGAAAAAGGACGUGUGUCGCCUGAUACUGAAGAUAAGAGUGAUUCGAUCACAUCCGAAGCACCUGAACACAAAGAAUUAUUGCGAGAAAGAAAUGCGGAAUGCAGAACAGUAGGUUUCACAGAUACACAAAUACAUUCUGCCAACGCAGAUAUCAACACAGAAGCUGCAGAAACGUUUUUAAAGACACAAGAAAGUAGUGCAGGAAGUAGUGCAAAGGAAUGUAAGUUUAAGCGUUACCAGAGUAGAGUUUGAUUAACUUAACAAUGGAUGUGGACAUAGUAGGGGUAGAUGUGCCGACAUGAUUAUUGAAAUAAACAGAUUGAACUAACACUUGGAGACUACAAUGGUGCUGCAGCAGAAUUAAGCAUUGGACUCGGCACAUUAUGAGUGUGAUAUUGACUCUGUGUACAUGAACCGUUGACUUAAAACUACCAAACACAUUUUCUUUGGAGCCAAAAUGUUGCAGUAUUUACUGUGCAAUUUUCUUUCAGUUUUUCUUCAAUUUCUAUAUUUAUUAAAUAAGUCAGUACAACAUGGACGAAACUCAGUUUUUGAAAACUUUACAGGAAAAGCAAAAAAAAAAAAAAAAAAGAAAAAAAAAACAUUUUACAUUCCAUUCAAAUGUGGUAACGAGAAACAACAUCAUUUACAUAUUUUUAUCAGAUAAUAGUAAUGUGGUAAAAUAUGUACACAAAUAUACAUUGAAGACUUAUUUGAAGGUUUGCCAGUUAUAAAUGUGUUACGCUGAAAUGUUCUUAAAGUUUGGCAUUAGCUCAGUGCAACAAGGUCUAAACUGAAAGAUGACAACAAAUUUAUUAGAGAUUAAUCAUUACAGAGGUGGUUUUUAAAAGACUAUUAAUUUGAUAUUUUCAAGUGCAUCCGCUUGUCACUUUCAAUAUUCCAUUCACCAGUUAUACUCGCAAAAAGUGAAACACAAUAUUAAUAUAAAAAUUUGGACUACAUGUACUACAAAUUACACAUUAAAACAUUGAAUUCAUUUAAUCUUUUCAAUUGCCACUAUAAGACAAGCAUACAAAUUGUGUUUAAUUUAUUAUUUAGAAUACAAAAUAAUUCCACAAUAAUCUAGUUAAACGAUCGUAAAGACAACAGGAUAAAAAAAGACAUAUAUUUUCUAUGGUGUUUGAACAUGUUACUGUAUAAUAGUGGUUGAGAACCUUCAAGGUCAAAGGAAUUUUAAUAUUUAUCUGCAUAUAGGCAACGAGAGCCUAUUUGAAUUUACUGUUUGUAGGCACCGAGAGCCUUUAAGAUUUUAGGAGCACAAUACUAUUCUGUGAAAGAACGAGUGCAUAAAUCUUGAUACAGACUACAUAUUUUUCAUUGCAUACACAUCUACAAGAAAAGAUAUUAUGAAUUACAUAAAUUUGUUCUUUAGCCAGAGUAAAAUUUAAAAUGCUUUCAUUAAAGAACACAACAACACAAAUGAAACUGACAUCAAAAAUGACGUCAUACAAUUGAUAUGCAGUUUGAACGUCAGUAUGAAAAAUUAUAAUAGAGAGUUUGAGAUUUCAAACCUCGCCUUCCCCUUCAACGUCUCUCAUAUAUAUUUUGGGUAAAACGUCACCGAUAUGCGUGUAGUUUAUUUAUAUCACACGUUGCUACUAAAGUUUUCCAUGUAAUAUCACGUAAGCCUAAGACUUCUCUUUAUUACUAUGCGAAAUAAAAAGCUCAGUUUCAGGA